GGCUCCUUCAGAAAAAUUUGGCAAGCUGACUACCCUGUAUGCAUUGGUGCAUGGGAGGUUGCAUAACCUUCAGUGUGGUUGUGUUAUUGUUAUUAUAUUUUAUGGAAUGGUCUUUAGCUUCCUUACCCGCAUAAAAAGCAUUAACGUAAAGAUGACGACAAUGAUCCCUCACGAAAUAACGCUACCAUUUGACAAAGCGACCUUUGGCAUGGGUUGCUUUUGGGCCAACGACGCUUUGUUCGGUGCCACCCAAGGCGUGCUACGGACUCGAGUCGGUUACUCCGGUGGCAAGAUGCUCAACCCGACCUAUCGCAAUAUAAUGGAUCACACGGAAGUAAUCGAGAUACAUUACGAUCCCACCGCAAUAACUUACCAGCAGCUCUUGGAACUAUUCUGGAACAACCACGAGUACGGAUUAACAACCAAAAUAAAGAGACAGUAUGCCUCUCUAAUUCUUUACCAUAACAACGGGCAAAGGUCGACCGCCGAGGACUCGCUGGAACAAGAAAGGCUGAAGCACAAAGAGGAAAUGUGCACGGAAAUUAAACCGGCUGCGAUCUUUUACCCGGCCGAGGAUUACCAUCAGAAAUAUCGCUUGCAACAGCAUCCUCAGCUUUGCAAGGCUUUAAUGUUAAAUUCGCAGCUGCUGCAGGACUCGCACGUGGCUGCGCGCCUAAACGGUUACGUCGCCGGCGUCGGUUCGGUGGUAAGGCUCAAUGAGGAUUUGAAAACGUUCGGUUUGCCCGAUAAUUUAGUGGAGUAUGUGAGGAAGGUUCAUCAAGUUAACAAGGAGUCUGGGUUAUACUGUUAGUUAUAGUUAAUGGGUUUUUUUUAUUGUUAAUUUUUUAUUAGUCGUGUAUAUGGGAAAUUUUAUAUGGCCUCUGAUUUAUGUUUAUUAAAUGCGUAAAAGAGAAAGCUAAGGUCAAUGGCAA